UGAUAGGAGCCACCUGAAACUUGGAUUGAUUUUUAAUAGCUGAUAACUCAACAGUAGUUUCCCAAUAGAGUUUUAAAAAUAAAACAUGAACUGCUUUCACUACAGUUUAUAGAUUGCGCGAAGUUGGAGGUUGAGUUCUCAGUUUUUUCCUGUUUUAAAAUGUGAUUGUUUUAUUUUUUAAAAUUUUUAUUGUGUCUAUCUGCAAAGUAUUUCUGGCUGAUUUAACAUGUUUACGAAAUAUUCUACACGAGUAAAAUAAUUUGUGUGAGAAUUACGAAGUCAUUUUCAGUGGGAGAAAAUGGCGGCACUUAGGCCGGAAGAUGCUCUUAAAAUUCAAGUCGAACCAACUACAUCACGAAGUCAAAUGGAAUCUCCUUUUGAAAGAGAAGAAGAGCGUUUGGUGGAAGAGAAUAAAGAAAAGUGGGACGUCUAUGACGAAAAUGCUGUGGAUUUCGACGACAGUUCCGAGGACAAUUCCAUCUUUCCGAAGCUUGUCAAGGUACUUAAGGUCCUCGUGUACCUCUCCACGUUUUGUGUUGUCCUGUUCAGCGCUGUCAUCUCGAAAGGAUCUCUACUACUCAUGACAUCGGCCAUCAGAAGGAAAAGACUCUUUCCUAUUUGCAAAAAUCUUUCAAAUGAUAUCUUUCCAGAUAGUGAUGACAAGUACGUAGUCAAGAUGUCAGAGCAUGAAAGAUACAGUUGGAUAUGGUGCUUGAUUUUUUCACUUUUUGUGCCGGAAAUCUUAACGUUUAUCCGAAGCUGCAGAAUUUGCAUAUUCAAAAACUACCACAAGCCUCGUAUAUCAUCGUUCUUAAUGGUGUUCAUGGUGGAGUCCUUUCAUGUUAUAGGACUAGUCUCAUUUGUAUUUGUAGUGCUACCAGAGAUGCAUGUCAUGAAGGCUCUCUUGUUUUCAAACGUCGUGUGUUUCUUCCCGUCAAUUUUAAACUUCUGGCAGUCUAGCAAAGCGGAAUGUGAAGUCAAAUCACAAAAAAGAAAUGUUCUAAAUUUAAUCGCCAUGGUAUUCCAAGGAAGCAUUUUGGUUUGGCUAGGCCUUACUGUACACGAAAAACUGAACCACACUGGCGCAAAAGCCAUCGUGUUUGGCGAUCCUGACGUUUGGGCUGUUAUCAGUGUGAUUUUAAUUUCACUAACUUGGUGGGAAAAUUACGUGGAUGAAGAGUCACCCUCAUUCUUAGCCAAAGUUAAAGACGACAUCGAAAAAAGCAGACAUUUCAUUUACGUUUUUGUUUCUUUGUGGAAAAUAGCACUAAUUCUUGGCUGCUGCCUAGUUUAUUUAUUUCUAACGCUUGAAAAUAUACCGAAUUUUUUCAUGCUAAAAGAUAUUUUUGUGAACCACAACAUUACCAUCACUUGGAAAGUGGAUGAUAUUCCAAUCCCUGAUAAUACAAACUUGAAACCACAAAUGAUACUCCAAACAUUGUCGGACAUGAAGUCCAACCGAUUACUUCCCAUUCUGGUCAGCAGCAUCCACGUGAUUUGCGCGUACGUGUGCUAUUCUUGCUGCAAAUUCGUGUGUAAAGUUUGUAUGCAGCAGUUUAGUUUCUCCCUGCCACUGUGCUUAACGAUUCCUUUAACUAUAAUGCAUCUAAGUUUUAUGUGCCAUCGUAAAUCUCAAGAUCCUUGCAUGUACUCAAGGAUGUCGCCUUAUUUAUAUUGGGACUGUCCAAAAGAUGGCUGGCAGCUCUUUGUGGUUGAAGAACUGGGUUAUUUUUGGAUUCUCUGGUUUUUGUCUCAAGUGAUUGUAACAUAUCAUAUAUGGUAUCCGAAAUGUGAAAGAAUGGCAUCCACGAACAAAUUAUUUGUAAAUCCCAUGUACAGCACAAUUCUCGUCGACCAAUCUUUGGUAUUAAAUAGGAGAAAAUUUGAAAAGAAAGAGGCAAUGAAAAUAAUUGAUAGGGAGGAAGAGAUUAACGAAGUACCAGAAAAUAUCACAACAAUAUUUGCAUGUGCCACCAUGUGGCACGAAACGCCUGACGAAAUGGAACAACUUUUGAAAUCUAUUAUGCGAAUGGAUGCUCACCAGUGUUCUCAGGCAAUGAUACAACAUGGAUUUCUUAUUAGAAACCCUGAUUACUAUGAAUUAGAAGCGCAUAUUUUCUUCGAUGAUGCGUUUGUUGUGAGUGACGAAGAUGAUGAAAAACGCACUAUUAAUUCUUUUGUCAAAGAUUUUAUAGCCGCCGUGGACACUGCUGCCAGCAAAGUGUAUAAGAAAUGUUCUAGACCAGAUCCACCUUUUAAAGUGCCAACGCCAUAUGGUGGACAGUUAAUUUGGAGAUUGUUGGGUGAUAGUUUUCUCGUUGUACAUUUAAAAGACAAAGAACUGAUUCGACACAAAAAACGAUGGAGUCAGGUUAUGUACAUGUAUUAUCUUCUGGGAUAUCGACUAGAGUAUAAAAUGUGCCAAAAUCGGAACCCUGAUUUUUCCGUAGAAAAUCUACGAAAAAAUACUUUUAUUCUUGCUUUGGAUGGUGAUAUUGACUUUAGACCUAGUGCUGUAAUGUUAUUAGUUGACCUUAUGAAAAGAAACAGAAAUCUCGGAGCAGCAUGUGGCAGAAUCCAUCCCGUUGGUACAGGUUUGAUGGUAUAUUACCAAAAGUUUGAGUACGCCAUAGGACAUUGGCUACAAAAGUCAACUGAACAUAUGAUUGGGUGCGUGUUAUGUAGCCCUGGAUGUUUUUCCCUUUUUCGAGCUGAAGCAUUAUUAAAAAAGAAUACGAUGAGAACUUAUGCGAACAUAGCAAAGGAAGCCAUUGAAUAUGUACAAUUUGAUCAAGGAGAAGAUCGGUGGCUUUGCACGUUGCUGUUGCAGAGGGGAUAUAAAGUUGAAUACAGUGCUGCGUCAGAUGCCUACACCCAUUGCCCUGAAACCUUCGGUGAGUUCUACACUCAGAGGAGACGAUGGGCUCCUUCAACUAUGGCCAACAUCAUGGACCUCCUGAUUAAUUACAGAAAAACCGUUGAAUGCAAUGACAACAUCUCCAGACCUUACAUUGCAUACCAAGUUCUCCUAAUGGUCGGAACAAUAUUAGGUCCCGGAACUAUUUUUCUGAUGCUCGUAGGAGCAAUGGUUUCGGCGUUCAAUAUCUCCAACUGGCAAGCAUUAACUGCAAACAUGGUGCCGAUUGUUUUCUUCAUAUUGAUUUGUUUCCAUGCUAAAAACGACACCCAGAUAUUUGUAGCAGCUUAUUUGCAGUUUCAGAUAAUUGCAAAAUAUCUAGCCGUUUUCAGAUAUUUGCUAAAUUCAUCGCUCCUUCAACUANAAACUAAAAAGCAACUAGCGGAAGAGCAACUUCAAGCUCAGGUUACCGUUCAGACCAAAACAAAAAGUGGCGGCAUGUUUGAUUGGAUAAACGCUCUUGGUAACAGAGGUCAUCAAGAAGAAGAAGAAGAAGGUAGCAUAUCGUUCAGCUUUGCAAACUUAUUCCGAUGCAUGUGUUGCACUUACCCAAAGCCAGACACUGCCAACUUACAAAUGGUGAAAUUAGAAAUGGCCCUCAAUAAAAUAGAUAGUGAGAUUAAAGUGAUCCAGAAUCAAAUGGAAUCAACUAUUAUGCAAAAGCGUGGCAUGCGCAGAAGAUCUUCUGUGCAUAACAUAAAAAAAGAAUUGAAACUGGAUACUCUACCAGAAGAAGCUGAAGAGGAAAGUGAAGAUGGAGAUGAUUCAUCAGAGGCAGAAAUAAGUGAACAAGAGGAACAUACGUAUAAUCAAGUGGACAGUAAUAUAGAGUACUGGCUAACUGAUAAAGCAGUUGGACAAAGUACUGUACUACGACUAACAAACUUAGAAAAACAGUUUUGGCAAGACCUUAUAGGCAAAUACUUAUAUCCUUUGACUGAAAAUCCAGAUGAAAAAGCAAAAGUUUCUCGCCAACUUAUCGAUUUACGAAACAAAGUAGUUUUUGGGGUUCUCAUGCUGAAUGCACUGUUCAUUCUAAUCGUAUUCCUAUUGCAAAUGAAGAAAGAUGUUCUUCAUAUUGAAUGGCCGAUGAACGGAAAGAACAAGAACAUUACCUACAUUCAGUCGCUGGACGAAAUCAGAAUUGAUAUGGAAUACCUACAACUAGAACCUAUAAAUUUAGUUCUAGUGUUCUUUUUCACUUUGAUCUUAGUGAUUCAGUUUGUCGGAAUGAUUUUUCACCGUUCGGAAACUAUUUCCCAUAUUUUAGCUUCUACUACUUUGUUUACGUACAGCUCCAAAGAUACGCAAGAAAUCAAUUUCUCAAAGUUGACAGAUUUGUUGCGAAAGCAGGGUUUGGAAGAUGACAACGAAACACCGUUGGCUGAAGUAAAAGAAGAGUUAACGAUGCCUGAUCAUCCAAAUGUUGCUCCUUCGAAUCUAAAUAUAGAAGAAAACAACCGACCAAGGAAGUUUCGGUCGCUUAGCUUGGCAAUGGAAGAUGAUAUUGUUAAAAUUCUAAAAAAAGACAAGAAAUUUGCUAAUGCUAUAAGAAGAAAGAGUAAAUAUCCAGAUGCGGUUGAUGCAAUGAGAAGGAGAUCUGAACAACGUAUGUUAGGAGUUACUACACCCCAGUCCCUCACAAGACCCCCUACACCACUCAUUAACGGCAAUGUAGUGGACUUCCAGUGGUCAAACCAAGGAAGUUUUAGAUCCCAAAGACGAUCCAGGAUUAUCGAACAUAUGAUAGAUGCGUCCGAUUCUGAAAGUGUAAAUAGUUUUCAAAUGUCGAAUCCACCGCCAACUUCAUCGAGUCCGACGCCAAGCAGUCGUUCAAACAGAGCAUCAUCGUCCAGAAGAACCCAAGAGAAUUCUUAAAUUAUUUGUAAAUGUUUUUGCGCAUCUGCUUUCAUGUCUGUGAUCAUAUAUUUUAAUUUAUAAAAAUCACUACACAUAAAAUUUGCAACUUUCAGCAUCAUCAA